AUGAACAUAAGGUUCAAGGGAUUCCGAGGAGUUGAUAAUGUGUUGGAUGAAUUUACUUUGGCAAACUUUCCGUAUAUGAAUCCGUACAACUGGAUCUCACUGUUCAAUAUUUUCAUGAAGGAUAAGAAAAAUUACGAACCGAUCGGUUCCCAUCUGAAAAAGAUGUUGAUCUGCUAUGUCUUAGAUAUUGCGAAGAUGGAUGUGGAAAUAGCGUUGGUGUUGCAGAAAAGGCCUAUUUUGGAACGUGAAGAGGAGCCUCGGGACGUUAAGAAGAUGAAGUUGGGAGUUAUUCAGAAAGAGCACUGGAGUGUUGCGUAUAAUCGAAAGUCUCGUAAAAAGCUUCAGAAGAGUGUUUUCUUUCUGAGAGACAACCAUCUCUACUCAACCAUCGCUCUGAAGACUAUUCUCGCAAUUGUUGAAACUUGCAAGGUAAACUUUGUUGUGGAUCUGAAGUGUUUCUCAAAUAUGAUCAAGUGGUAUCAGACUGUCUAA